AUGAGUAGUGUACGCAGUGGAUACUCAAUUAAUCUCUACGUCAUCCAUCUCACUCACCCGAGUCAUGAAUUGAUUAGGGACGUCAAAGAUUACAUUAAUGGCGUCAUCAUAAAUAAAAUCAUAAAUAAUCUUAAGACUGAUUUGAUUGGUUUGAUUGUUGUUGAUGGCGGCACAAAUAACACCCUGCACAACGAAUCCACCAAUCAAUUCAGGCAUUUAAAUUCGAUAUUUAAUCUACAGCAGUCUAACAAGAGCCUAUUGAGCUUGGUUGACAGCUUGGAUCUUUCAAAUCCACCGAUUGUAGACCCAAUCGACAGUUUGAUCGUCGCGUACAACCAGAUUGAGAUUAAGUACGCGUCCAAGAAGUCAUGGAGCAAGUCUAUUAAUUAUAUUACUGACAAUCAGCUGGCUACUGAUGGUACCGACUACAUCACGCUCCUCAACUCACUUAACCAGCUCAAUAUAACUCUCAACGUCAUCAACAGCGAGAAUUCAACAACCAACGUCUUUCUAACCAAUCUUACAUCUGAGCUGUACAGUUCAUCUACCACUACAUUUCAGCAAGCACAGCAAAGACUGCACAAACCGAUAAGCAACGCGUCCAAGUCAACGCAGAUGUACAACAAUCUAAGUAUAUCCGACAAGUACAAUUUCAGCGUGAAGUAUGCGAAAGCGGUUGGCAAAGCAACGAAGCUGCCUUUGAAAAUACUCGAAGGUGUGACGCAAGACAAGGCGACAAGUGCGCCCAUACACAAACUAGACGAUGAGGAGGUGGAGGGCGAGAGGCUAAUCCGUGCGUACAACUACGGCUCUAAUCUCGUCCCGGCUCCAUCUGAAACGGAAGGGGGGUUCGUGCAAUUCGAGUCGCCAGGCGGGAUACACUUCUUAUGUGCAUACCCCGCUCACACCCUCAGACGAGACUGGGUGGUGGGUGAGCCAGCGUUUAUCUGCGCUGAUAUGAAGGACCUUCCUGCGCAGUGCGCCCUCAGUAGCAUCAUACACGCUCUGCAUCGCAAUAACCUUAUCGCACUCGUGCGGUACGCGCGGAAGGACGGCGAAAAGCCUUACCUAGGCGUGUGCAUUCCCGUCGUGAACAAGAGCGACGAGUACCUCCAGUACCUCCGAAUACCUUUCGCUGACCAGAUACGCACCUACUCCUUCCCCAGUCUCGAGAGGGAGGGUGGAGAGAAGAGAAGUGGGAAUGGGAGUGGCGCGAGCAGGCACCUUCCAACCGACGAGCAAUGUGUGGCUAUGGAUGCAUUUGUCGACAGCAUGGAAGUGGGAGGCGGUUAUGGUGCAAGUGGCAGCGCGGACGAAGGCGAAGGCGGCGGCGACAACGACGGUAAUACCAACAGAAAAAGUGACGUUGGGUGGUUUGAUAUACACGAAUCGCUCAGUCCAGCUACACACCGCAUCUAUCAGGCAGUAGUACAUAGUGCAGCACGGGGUAGAAUCGACCCGGAGUCACUCCCGCCGCCACAUCCAGAGGUGGUAAAAUAUCUCAAUCCGCCUGCGUUCACAAAGAAAAGGGCAAAAGGGGCCAUUGAACGGUGCACAAGCCUCUUUGGACUAUCUGAACACACUCCACAGCCCAAGAAGACGCGUUACGGGAGAAAGGGGGGAAAUGAAGAUCGGCAGAGGCCGCAGGAGAUCAAUAUUGAUGAAUUACUGGGGGGUGGGGGGAGUGGUGUUAGUAAUGCACAUACUAACACAAACACAACCCAUAACACACUCAGCAACCCAGUUCAAACGUGGAAUGAGAUGGAAGAAGGAGAUAAGGAAAAGGCGGAGGAAGUGCACGAACUGAUGAGCACAAGCAUCGUGACAGCGGCUAGCAAUUCAGAAACCUAUGCAGCUGCUGUGGAAGGACUGGAAGUGCUACGAGGGUAUGCAACCAAACACAAUGUAGCUGAGGAUUACAAUGAGUUGUUGGGUAGAUUGAAAGAGAUGGAGAAAUUCUUCACGUAUCUACGAAACCACGAUGGAGAAGCACUCAGUCUGAUUACAGCGGGUGAAGAUGAACAAGGGGUUGUUGAAACAGUCAUGUUCGCGCGUACAUUCCUCCGUUCAACUAGCCGUCAAGCAACCAGAGCAUUCUCCACAGCUCGCCCAGCUAGCUCAUUGCGCAAUGUGGCAUUCGGUGUGAGUGCAGCAGCAGCAUUGGGAGCAACAGCGCUUGCUACUCAGCCACUCCACCUCGAUGCACCACAACAAACGAUCGCCGGUCAAGAGGGAACAUUCUCUGAGCGCUCAUUUGUUAUGAUCAAGCCUGACGGUGUUUCACGCCAAAUCGUAGGCAAGAUCAUUUCCCGCUUUGAAGAGCGUGGUUAUAAGCUUGUAGCCGUGAAGAGCGUUACGCCAAGCAAGGAAUUGGCUAAGGAGCACUACGUAGACCUCGCUCAGCGUCCAUUUUACCCAGGAUUAGUGGAUUAUAUCACCUCAGGCACUCCAGUUGUCGCACUUGUCUGGGAAGGUAAGGAUGUCAUCCGUCAGGGCCGUCGUAUGGUGGGCGCAACAAACCCAUUGCAAUCAGACCCAGGCUCUAUUCGUGGCACUUACGCUGUAUCCGUCGGACGUAACAUUAUCCACGCAUCAGACUCAUUCGAAUCAGCUACCAAAGAAAUUGGAUUAUGGUUCAAUGACAAGGAAAUGUCCAGCUACCAACCAACAGCAUGGCCAUGGAUCUUCUCUGACAACUAA